AUGAAUAAUGACACGUUUUAUGAUCUAGCUAAAAAACUAGCCAAUGACCUACAAUUGUUAGCUAACGAUUCUAAAAGAAGAAAUCCCGAAAUUAGACGUACCAGCGAGAAAUCCUUUGAGAUAUUGAAAACUUGUAAAUCUCAUCAAGAUUUACAAAGGCAUCCAGACUUUAUAGUUCCCUUUUUAUUAUCAUGCUCUUCUAAAAAUGUAAAGCUCAUUUUUACUAGUAUGCAAUCUUUCCAAAGGUUGGCUGUCGAAACUUCCAUUCCCAACUCAAGAAUACCACAGGUGUUGGAUGCCUUUAUUGAAUGCACAAAUUUAUCUUCUGAAAUACAACUAAAAGUCCUACAAAUCCUUCCGGUUUUUUUCAAGACUUAUUCUAGUUUUAUUGUUGGAGAAAAUGUGAAAAAAGUGUUGGCAUGUUGUACCAAUUUGUUACAACAUAAUAACUCCUCCAUCGUCAUUAGUUCUGCGAGCGCUACUUUGCAACAAUUGAUCAACAGUAUUUUUGAAAGAAAAGAUUGCAGCACUAACCACGCAUCCUCUAACGACGGCAAUACCGAUGAGAACGAGAAAUUUAAUGUCUUGAAAGAUAAUGUAACUACUAUUACUGUUGGUAGAUAUGGAUACGACACAAAUAUAGUUUUCACUGAUUUAUGCUCCGCUGAAACAAGGCCUAAUUCUUUAUUAAAUAUCAAAUUUAUAUCCGCAGAAUCACUUUUGGAAAUUCUAGAAAGCAUCUUCCUAAACCAGCGCAGCUGUUUUUGUGAAAGAGAAGAUUUACAGUUUAUAUUGAGAACUAAGGCGGUCCCUUUAUUACUAAGACAAAUAUCUGCCCAGCAGAAUAAGAAUUUCAUGAUUACUGUUAGGUCCUAUAGGGCAGCCAAGUAUUUAAUUAAUGUUGAUUUUAUUCAGUUUCUAGCCGUUGAAUUGGAGGUCAUUAUUUCCUUUUUCAAUCACAUUUUGGAAAAGGAAUCAGGCUCACCAACUUGGAAGAAGAUAUUGACUUUGGAAUUGUUUUCAGGGUUUUCCUUUGUUCUAUGGAACACUAUUUAUGAAAAUUUUGACUUGGUGGGGAAAAAUAGAAAACCACUUUUCAUCACGAUAUUAACUACUUUACAAAAAAAUUUGCAUUCCAAACAAUACACUAACUAUUUAAUGCCAUCUUCAGUGUUAGCCCCCAAAGAAACUCCAAUUAUAUCAGCAGAGGCGUCCCAAGUUAAAGUACCAUUUCUAGAAUUAGUUGAUAAACAAACCGCACCUGUUGCAGAUCAAACUUACGAAGUUUUUUUAUUAUUUAAAAUUUUCACCUCUAUAUCAAGCGAUUCUGAGGUUGUUGUUUUAAAAUUGCUGCAGAACAAAGCUAGCUUACAGGAUUUUACAAAGAUGAUCAUCGCUAGUUUCCCAUAUUUAUUUGGAUCUUUAAGAACUUUUUUUCACUCAUCUACGUUAGACGUGGUUCUGUUUAGAUCUUUGGUGCGUGGAUUCCAAAAGUUGACCCACACCUGCGUGCUUUUAAAAAUACAAUCCGAGGUGGACAAAUCGUUAGAUUUAUUUUCUAGAUUGAUUGUUCUUAAUGAAUUUACUGGGAAUAGUGGUGCUACUGAUGUACAUAAUAAUAGUACAAUUUUAAGUACCAUUAGCGAAACAUUAAUUGGCUCUUCUAAUGAUAUCAGUUCCAAUGACAACGAAAAUACCAGUGAAAAACUGUCAAAUAAUAAUAACAAUAUUGAAGCUAGUUACACUAGAGUGUCUUACUACCCGAGAGUCUUUAACAGUCGCAAUAUUGAUCUUUUUAAAGCUUUAAUAUCGUUGUGUGUCUCAUCGGGCGCCAACUUUUCGUCCUCGAACUGGAAACUAUUUUUCAAAAUUUAUCAAUGGUGUGCCUACUAUAUAUAUGGGCCAUCCCCAAUGUUUCAAGAGUUGUAUGUUAGUAUUCCACUACCACCAUCUCCUGAUUUGCCGAAACCAAGUUUAAAUUCAAUAGAAAACAACUUCUCAAAAUUUUUAGAAUCAACAACAAAGUAUGCUGAAAUUUCAUUUAAAAAUAUGGUUGGGGCUCUAAUAUCUGAGUCAUCGCAAGCCUUAGUUGACGAUAGAAAGAUUGGUGGUUGCAAACCGUUUGAAGAUGAAGAAGGUUUGGAAACUACAGAGUUACAAAUUUGCACGUAUAAUAGAGAUUUUUAUCUGAAUUUCUUGGGUAAUGUUAGCGAAGUAUUCGCUACUAGAUUUUUCCGAAUUUUCGAAACCAACACUUGGAAUAUUAUUUUGGACUACUUCAUCACCGAAUUAUCCAAAAGGCGUAGCAACACACUUCCUGAAGAAAGGUUAGCUGUAGCUAAUGUUUUCACUGAAAUUAUCAAAGCGAUAGCGAACAGUGCAGAUGAGAACAACAAUAAUUUUGACGGUAUUGAGGAACAUGUCAUGAAGGCAUUGAUGAAAUUAAUCGAUAGCAUUAUGUCAUUAGGAUUAACAAAUAGUGUCGAUGUUUAUAACGGCAAUAUCAAUGUUGAAUCUGAUAUUCUAUUGCAAGCUUUAAGAACAGUCAAAGACUUGUUGGAUAAUUAUGGUGAUUAUUUGAACCACUCAUGGUCUAGCGUGUUCAAAAUCAUUGAUUGUCCGUUUUCUGUGAUUAAUGACACAAAGAGUUUGGAAAUACAAGACAAGGAAGAACAAAACGCAAUUACAGAUAUUUUGAAAUCUAAGCACAAAUCCAUGAUUAGUGUGUCCUUUUCUGUUUUUAAAUUAAUAUCUGAUGAUUUUUUACAAACCCUUCACUUAAAACAUAUCAAAAGCAUAAUUGAUAUUUUAGUUCAUUUUGCCAAACAGACUUUGGAAUUAAAUAUUUCAUUUACAGCUAUAAGCGAAUUUUGGAUUAUUGGGGACUACUUGCGAUCUUUAUAUGAGGCUUUACCAAAAACCAAGUACUCAUUGGAAAAGUUUAGUAGCUCUAAAAAUGUAGAAGAUUUGGCAACAAUAAUUAUAUCACCAGAAUCAAGUGAUCUUGAGUUAUAUCAUGCUACUUUAUUGUAUUUAUUGAAAAGAUUGCUAUCAUGUGCUAAUGAUACAAGAUUAGAGGUUAUUGAUGGUACUAUGGUUACAUUUUUCCGCGUGUUGGCUGCUCAGGAUUCAUGUUUGCCAUCAUGGGAUAUAGUGUAUGAGAUCAUAUUGUUUCCACUACUAGAUAGCAGUGAAAAUUCAGAGGUCCCUAAAUUUGUUAAUACCACGUUGAAUGGAUUAAAUUUGGUGUAUUUAUCCCAUUUUGCUGAGUUUAGUGGUGAAAGGGGAAACACUGAUAAAUGGUUAAAGUUUAUUUCUUAUUAUGAAAUAAUCUUGAAGAAUAGCAAGAAUUAUGACUCCAAAUUCAAUGUAUUGAUUAACCUUAAAACUUUGCUAAAGAAAUUUUCAAGCCAUGAAGAAAUCUCUUUUCCACCUAAAGAGGUUGUGAUGAAAAUAUUUUCACUUUGGAUUGACUACGAUAUUAUUUAUACAGAUUUCAACAAGUCUGUUGAUAAGUCUAACUACGACUGUAUUCAAGAAUUGAUAUCAUGCUAUCCUUCUUUGUGUAAAUUGUUGGAAGAGACAAAGUUGUUGGACUUUGAGGUAUCAGAAAAAAUUGUGCGUGUAUUUACUCAAGCGAUAAAGUACCCAUUGUUACCUCAAUUUAGUUUGGAUAAGGCUAAACCCUCCAGUCUUCAAAGCACUAUUUUGUCUGCGUUGGAAUGUUUUGACACUAUUGAAGAUUCUAAUAUUAAAAUUUUAGUCCUAUGGGAGCUAUCUAGUAUUUCUACUUUGCCGUUUAAUGUUAAAGAUACAAUUGUAAAGAAGUUAGCACCGAAACUUCCAAAUAAUUUGAAGUCAAGAAUACCAACAUUUAGCGCCGUUAGCUAUAAGGCCUGUGCCUUAUUAAAUGCUAAAUUUCAUGCUGUUGCGAAUGUGAAGGAUCAAGAUGCUAAGUUUUUGCAAAUUUUUAAAAACUUGUCUGAUAUAAUUCUCUCAAAAUCUCAAAGUGAUUUAAGUGAGGAGAAGAACUGCAAGCUUUGGGUUUUAGCUUCCAAAACUUUUCACAGCAUCUCAGUUGAGAUAUUUAAUAUGGAUAACGGUGCAUUACGAACUGAUUCCUCAUUUAUCACCAAUUUCACCGAUAUAUUUAUUAAGGCUGUUAUCGGUAUUUUAGAAAGGAAUAAUGACUCUGUGCAAGAAGACGAAGCGGAAGAAAUAGAACAAUAUGCACUGUAUAGAAACUUUUUAGUUGAAAAUAUAGACAUUUUCAGUAAAGAAACAUUAGAGUUGUUCAUAUCGAGGCUAUGGACUAGAUCUUUUUUUUAUGAGGUUAAUGAAAUUGAAGAUCAAAUUAUUAACGGCUGCAAGUCGUUGAAUGAUGUUGUGAUUAAAUUAACUUCAUUUGAUUUUGACAAUCUUUUGGGGUCAUGCGAUGAGCCACACUUGUUACCCAAAUUUAAUUUGACAUUAUAUAGUUUGAAGGACCUACUGAAGUUUUCCGAAAAUGAGCACAUGAGAAAUUUAUGUCUACCGUUCUUUUUAUCAAGAGUGGCGUUUGUUUUAAGAAGAUUUAUUUCUGACGAAAGGUUACGGAUUAGAAAGCCAAUAGCAAGUAUCAGAAAGAAUGAAUUACUUUGGGUUCUUCAGGGAUUAAUUGAAGUUUCGUCAUCAUUUCAUGGGAAUGAUGCUGAUAAAUUAAAAGUUUUAUAUCCAUUAUUGUUAGAAAUCAUUCCUGUUUCUGAAAGGGUCAAAGAUUUACAAAGGUUAUUACCUCAACUUUCUCUAAUUUAUUAUGUUAAGUAA